AGAACAUCUUCUUAGAUUCCCUGUCCCCUUUUGAAACACAAAAAUAUGGUUGAUGCAUCUACAAUUCUACACAUUCAUUUGCAGCGCACUGAGAUCUGAGUCAUCCAUUUGCCAGCCCCGUUACCGGCCGACGGAAGAGUCGCAGUAAGAUGUUCAACCGGCGAAUGAACUCGUCCUUCUCGUCCGCGAUUCUUUUACUUUUUAAUUCUAUCUUCGUAUUUUCUGCUCCCUCUCUUGAGGAAAGCUCGGGUGGAGAAGAAAAUGCCCGCCGAGUUAUGCUCAGCUUCAAGGAGACGCCUAAUGGAGUUAACGUCACCUUUGAAUGCUUUCCUUCUGGUCCCUGCGUUCCUUGUGCCUACUCCGAAAAGAGUGAUACAAAAUACCGCUGCAGUGAAACUGGGUAUCGAAUUCCGUUCAAAUGUGAAGAAACUAGAGACCAUCUGGAGGACGCAAAGAGUAUGAAAAAUCACAAUCGGUCUGAUUUAGAGAACGCAAAUGCUCAUACUUAUCCAGUAAGGACAAGAAUUUUGUUAGAGGAUUUAUCCACUUCUGAGAGUGGGUUGCAGGCUUACAUAACUUACAGAAGCUGUAUAACUACAGUUAGUGAAGAGAGGUUGUCAGUAAUUGGUUUUGAGGAAAUAAUGUUGGUUUUGCUGAUAAUAAGUGGUUCAACUAUUUACUACAAAAAAAAGCGAAUGAAUGCAGUUCCUGGUGGCAUGCCUGUAAGGAUUCCUAGUAGUUCUCGAAUUUGAAUCAAAUGAUGGCACUGACUGAAGGUUAGGAAUGUUUUGUCUGAGUCAUGUUGUAAUUUUGAUAUUACUGGACCACACAAAUCAAAGCCUUUUUCGAAUGCAUUAAUUUUUUUCUACCAGCAUACGCAUAAAGGCAGGAAAUGUAUAGGUGAAGUAAAAGUAGCCUGUUUUUAUUGUACAUCUGAAUUGCAUUUAAAAAUAUACUUGAUUUUUUUGGUCUGAAUAAGUCAGAGUGCUCU